GUAAAGUACAGUACAAUGGUUCUCACCAAUGUUUACUUUUUAACAGCAGGAUACCACAAACUCUUUUCCAAUUAACUGCCCAUAGAAACAAUGCCAUCAAAUGGAUCUUGUAAUAAUAUACAGAAAAUUAUUGACAUAACUACACAGGACUAAAUACAAAAUGAUACCUUGACUUCAGUGGUAUACUGUGGAACGGCUAUGUGGUGUUGGGCAAACUUGUUGGGAACAGGUUUUUCUAAUAGUGGACAAUACUGCAGUGUUUCAUUGCAGUUACACAGAAACUGUGUAUUUAUUUGUCAGAUAACAAUCUGCAUCUAAAUUUAAGCUCCACCUUGAGAUCAGUAUCACUAUUCCACUUAUUAAUAUACAAAUAUCUGUGGCUUUGGAGGAGAAGGGCUCAGAAAGAGGAGACAGCAACCUCUCGGCCACAGCAGAGGUGUGGCAGCAAUGGGGACCCUAACCAUGUUAGGAGUGUGGAUGCUGAGUGCAGUUAUAACAGGCAUCACAGCACAACACGCAGAUUUUGAGUUUUACUCUGAUAUGGCCCCGGAUGCAGAGAUGAUGCCAACAAUUCCAGAUAUCAUAGGUGACAGUUAUGAGAGUCUGAUAGGAUUGAAUGUGGAUCACAGCGGGCAGGUGUGCAGCACAUGGGGAAACUUCCACUUCAAUACAUUUGAUGGACAAUUCUUCCAGCUGCCCUACGCCUGUAACUACAUCCUGGCCACCAUGUGUGACAGCAUCAUGCCUGACUUCAACAUCCAGCUUAGAAGAACGUAUGACAAUGACAUCGUCACGAGUACUUUUACCUUAUGGCUACAGGAGAAUGUCAUUAAGCUUCAUAAUGGCAACAUUACUAUGAAUGAAGAACUAAAGACCAUCCCGAGCAAUCAGCAAGGAGUUCGGAUUGAGAGAUCAACAGAUUAUGUUAAAAUACGAUCCAGUAAACUGGGACUAACAGUUUAUUGGGAUAAACAAAACUCACUCUGGAUUGAGAUCAACGAAAAGUACAGCGGUCAGAUCUGUGGACUUUGUGGUGACUUUAAUGGCAUCAAGAACAAUGAGUUUACAGAAAACGAUGUUAAUCUAACAACUCAACAAUAUGGCCUUAAAUGGAAGUCGGAUGCAAUCACUGAGACAUGUGAGCAAACUGAGAUUCAUCCUGAGGAAUGCAAUAUUCAGAGAGCCAUGUGUGAAGAGUAUUUUGAUAAUAAAGCAUUCAGCGGCUGCCACAGUCUGCUGCCUGUUGCGGGGUUUGUGGAAGCAUGUAUUAAGGACCUGUGUCAGUGUAACAGCAGCCAGGCUGAUUGUCUUUGUGACACCUUAUCUGAGUACUCACGCCAGUGUGCACACGCUGGGGGCCAGCCGCAGAGUUGGAGAACCAAAGAGCUGUGUGAUAAAAAGUGUCCAUUUAACUUGGAACACAGUGAAUGUUCGAGACCAUGCCAGGACACCUGUUCUAACCAACAGACGAGCCAAGUCUGUGCAGAGCACUGUGUAGACGGAUGUUUCUGCCCAUCAGGAACUGUGUUUAAUGACAUUGAGAAAAAUGGCUGCGUCUCAGUUAAAAAGUGUCCCUGCACCCACAAUGGAAAUAUUUAUCAGGCAGGAGAAUCGUAUACCAGGACUUGUCAAAAAUGUAAGUGCACUAAUGGACGGUGGAAUUGUGUGAAGCUGGACUGUCUAGGCACCUGCUCUUUGCUGGGAGGAUCUCAUAUCACCACAUACGACGGCAAAGCCUACACCUUCCACGGAAACUGCUAUUAUAUUCUUUCCAAGGACAAAGAACAGACAGUCUCAGGGAGCCUGGCGCAGUGUGGUACUCAGACAUGUCUGACUGAAGUACAACUGUCGAUCCAAGGAACCACAGUUACUUUCUCCAACACAAAAGCUGUACGUAUGAAUGAACAAGAAACUAUGCUUCCAGUUUUUAUUGAUGGACUGACAAUCUUCAGGCCUUCAACAUUCUUCAUCAUUGCCCAGACUCCAAGCUUUCAGCUGACGAUCCAAAUGGUUCCCAUCAUGCAAGUGUACAUUUUAGUCAGUCCUGAAAAAAAUGGAACAUUAAAUGGUCUGUGUGGAAACUUUAAUGAUAUCCAGGCAGAUGAUUUUACAACAGAAUCCGGACAGAAAGAAGGCACGGCCACCACUUUUGCCAACAUAUGGAAGGCUAGGUCUGACUGUCCAGAUGUUGAUAACCUUCCUCAAUACCCUUGUAAUAUGAACAUGGAAAAAGAGAAAUAUGCCAAAGUAUGGUGUGACAUUAUCACUGACACAGACGGAGUCUUUUCCCCCUGCCAUGCUGAAGUCAACCCAAACAAUUACAAAGAUAGAUGUGUUUAUGAUACAUGUCAAUGUGCCAAUAGUGAGGAGUGCAUGUGUGCAGCUCUGUCAUCCUAUGCACAUGUAUGUGCUGCUAAAGGUGUUCUGCUUGAUGGUUGGAGAAACAACACCUGUGGCAAGUUCUCCAAAUGUGAAGGCAACAUGCAGUACUCUUACAGCCAGACUAGCUGUGGGUCCACUUGCCGCUCCCUCAGUGGAAUAGACUAUACAUGUAAGGUGAAACACACACCAGUGGAUGGUUGUGGCUGUGCUGAGGGCACCUACCUCAAUGACAAGGACGAGUGCGUGUCUGACUCCAGCUGCCCCUGUUACUACAACAAUCAGGUUAUGGUCCCCUCUGAGGUCAUCACCGUGAAUGGCGCUAAAUGCACCUGCACUCACGGCAAACUAGAGUGUAUUGGUAAACAGCAGGUUGAGCAAAUUGACUGCAAAGCUCCUAUGUACUACUUCAACUGCUCAGAUGCUGACCCUGGAGCAAAAGGCAUAGAAUGCCAGAAAAGCUGCCAGACCCAGUCACCCUACUGUAUAAGUACACCGUGUCAAUCAGGGUGUAUGUGUCCAAAUGGUCAACUGGUUAAUAGGCAUGGAACAUGUGUGACAGAAGAUCUCUGCGAGUGUUUUCACAAUGGAUUAUAUUACCAGCCUUAUGAAACGAUUCAAGAAAACUGCAACACAUGCACUUGCAAAAAGGGCAACUUUAUUUGCACAACUAAAAAAUGUCCUGCCACAUGCACGAUCUUUGGUGAAGGUCAUUACAAGACCUUUGAUGGUACAAGAUAUGAUUUCAAUGGAGACUGUGAAUACCUGUUGGCCCAGGACUACUGCAGCAACAGCUUUACUGGAUCAUUUCGUAUCAUCACAGAGAACAUCCCCUGCGGCACAACUGGGACCACCUGUUCCAAAUCUAUUAAAAUCUUUCUAGGGAAGGAACGUAUUCUGCUAAAUGAGAACAUUACGGAUAUUCCUUAUAACUAUAGCAAAAAAAUCCCUUACAAAAUCCACACUGUGGGGAUUUACCGAAUUAUUGAAGCCAGUAAUGGUCUGGUUCUCUACUGGGACAACAAAACAAGUCUUCACAUCAGACUCAGUCCUUCAUUUCAGGGAAAAGUAUGUGGACUGUGUGGUAAUUACGACGGCAAUGGGAAAAAUGACUUUGUGACUCGUGCUGGAGAGGAAGUGGUGGAGCCACUUAAAUUUGGAAACAGCUGGAGAGUUUUUACAACAUGCUCUAAAGCCAAAAUCGUCAGCAGCCCUUGUGAGCUGAGACCACAUCGCCAUACCUGGGCUGCCAAACACUGCAACAUCAUCAAUGAAGAAGGAGUCUUCGGUUUAUGCCAUAACUUGGUGGACCGAACUAAAUAUUAUGAUAUAUGUAUGCAAGACACAUGUGCAUGUGACACUGGUGGAGACUGUGAGUGUUUCUGUACUGCAGUAGCAGCAUAUGCUGCAGCAUGUAGAGAGCAGGGCGUCUGUAUAUCAUGGAGGAACCCAACCACCUGCCCCCUGUUUUGUGACUACUAUAACUCCCCUGGAAGCUGUGAGUGGCACUAUCAAUCCUGUGGUGACCCUUGCAUAAAAACCUGUACAAAUCCAUCAGGAAACUGUUCCAAUAUAACUUCAAUCAAAGUAGAGGGUAAGAAUUUCUUCAGUAACUUCACAACUGUUUGGUCAUAUGAAGGCUGCUUAACUAAAGAGCACAAGAAGCAAAAAAAUGCUGUAAAAUGGGUUUCCUUUAACUAG